AUGGGCGCGCGGCGCACACCGCGCCCAUUGGCUGCCUUAGCUAUCGUGAGCCCUGAAUGGCUGGGCCGGCGCAGGGCACGCCCUCCCUGGCUGGGCCGGGAAGUGAAGAUGGUGGCGGCGGUGGCGCUGGCGGCGGAUGAAGCAGAGCGGGCGCGGGGCCGGCGCGCCGCCCUGUCCUUCGCGACCAUCGCCGUGGUGCUGGGUCUGCCGCUGUGGUGGAAAACGACCGAGACGUACCGCGCUGCCCUGCCCUACGCCGACAUCGAUGGGCUCGCCCAGCAGCCGGUUCAGCUGGUGGUGCCCAUGGCCGUGGUCUUCGGCCCGGGGUCGGUGCCCGGGGACCUGCCGAGGCCGCUGCCCUUCAGGGACGUGCAGGAGAUGGAGAUCUCCGUGAACCUGAGAGCCAGCGUCACGUCCCGCUAUGAGAUGCGCUAUCGCAGCACCACGGGUCAGGAGGAAGCAGCGCUGGCUGCGGCGACUGCACAAGAGGCUGAUGCUGCACUGCACCUGCUGCAGGACACCACCUUGGGCUCUCUCACCAUGUAUGUGGUCCCUGAAACCUCCUCUCUCCUGCCUCAGGGCAUCAAUGUCUAUGUGGGGAAGCACCGCAGCGCCCUGGUGAGGGCUGUGGGCAGCCUGGCUGCCCUGCAGGCCCGGCUGCGGGAGGUGACACAGGUGAUGUCCUUCACGGCUGGCUCCAUCGCCGCCGCCCUCUCAGACCGCGUGCCCGACAGUCAGCUCAGCCCCGAUGCACGGCGCUACCUGAAAUCCAGCCUGGGGUACGAGAUCACCUUCAGCCUGCUGAACCCUGACCCCAAGUCCCACACCGUGGACUGGGACAUUGAGGGGGCAGUGAACCGCUACGUGAGGCCUGUCCUGGACAAGCUGAGCUUGGUGGCCAAUUUUUCUGUGGAUUCACAGAUCCUGUACUACGCCGUCCUAGGAGUGACACCACGCUAUGACAAGGAGUCCUCCAGCUUCCUCCUGAGUGCUCACAGCCUCCCACACGUCAUCAACCCCGUGGAGGCCCGGCUGGGCUCCAGUGCUGCCUCACUCUACCCCGUGCUGAACUUCCUACUGUAUGUGCCAGAGCGCUCCCACUCCCCUCUGUACAUCCAGGACAAGGAUGGAGCCCCAGUGAGCACCAAUGCCUUCCACAGCCCCCGCUGGGGUGGCAUCAUGGUUUACAAUGUUGAAGCCCCUGCUUCCCCCCAAGCCUCCCUCCCUCUGCAUGUGGAUGUGGACAUGGCACGGGUGAUGGAGGUUUUCCUGGCCCAGCUCCGGUUACUCUUCGGGCUGUCUCGGGAGGAGGUGCCCCCCGAGUUCCUGCUGGAAGGCCCAGGGAAUGAGGGGCUGGCUGACUGGGAGCUGGACCACCUGCUCUGGGCCCACACUGUGGAGAACAUUGCCACCGUGUCCACCACCCUGACCUCGCUGGCCCAGCUCCUGGACAAGAUCGGGAACAUAGUCAUCAAGGAUGAUGUUGCCUCUGAGGUGUACCGGGCAGUGGCCUCAGUCCAGAGCGCUGUGACCAAGCUGUCCCUGGGCAACCUGCACGCAGCUUUCCAGGCCAGCAAGGAAGCUGUCACCUCCUCGGAGAGGGCCUUCUUUGACCCGUCUCUCCUCCAUCUCCUCUACUUCCCUGACGACCAGAAGUUUGCCAUCUACAUCCCUCUCUUCCUGCCCAUGGCUGUCCCAAUUCUCCUAUCCCUGGCCAAGAUUGUCCGGGAGACCAGGCUGCGGAAGAAGGAGCCCACCAAGAUGGACUGAGUGAGGCUUGGGGCUGUCCCCACCUCGUGGGCUGGUGUUGUCACAGACUCAUGGCCCAGAAAGGCUCUCCGGGGCCAGACCUGGCUGCUUGGCUUGGAUUUGCCAGGGUCAGGAUGCAGGAGUGGGAAGAGAGGCUGCUUUGGGAGGUGGGAAGGGGUCUCAAUUUGGGUGCUGAGCCCUCCUGCACCCACAGAGGGGAGGGAGGAUGCUGCCUUUGUGCACCCUCAGCCUGGUGCUGUAUUCAGAAGCUGCUGUGUAAAUAAAGAACCCCCUAUUCUGUGGGGGGCUGAUGUGGG